GCAGUAUUAUCGGAGACGUCUGCCGAAAGGAAAGGCGUUGGUCAUAUAUUUAUGAUAAAAAUUUCCGAGUGAAGUAUUUAGUCUGAGAUUAGUUACAAAAUAAAAUCGUCCUAGGAAAUCAGCAGGAUGGCUGCUAGUUUCGACCCUUAUGAUAAACACAGUUGGUACUUUGGACCACUGACAAGACAGGAAGCUACUGAUAUAUUGCUAAAUGAAAUGGAAACUGGAGUUUUUCUUGUCAGAAACAGUUCAACUAUACAUGGUGAUCUGGUGUUAUGUGUGAGAGAAGACAGCAAAGUAAGCCAUUAUAUAAUCAACAGAAUACAACAGGAUGAUCAGACAAGAUUUCGAAUUGGUGAUCAAAUGUUUCCAGAUGUACCAUCACUUCUCAAUUUUUAUAAACUACACUUUUUAGAUACCACUGCAUUGGUAAGGCCGGCUCCCAAGAAACUUGAAAAAGUUAGAGCUAAAUAUGAUUUUGAUGGGAGUGGAGAUCCUGAUGAUUUACCUUUCAAAAAGGGAGAAAUACUUACUGUGAUUUCUAAAGAUGAAGACCAGUGGUGGACAGCAAAAAAUAGUUUGGGCCAAACAGGAUCUAUACCUGUUCCUUAUAUAGAAAAAGUUGAUGACAAUUUUUUGCCUGAUGGAGUGCAAAAUACACAACCUCCAUCUUCUGGUCAAACACAGAGAUCAUCUACUGAUCCUACACGUUACAAUACUCCUAAUAUACAGGUAAGAAUAAAUUUUACUUCCAGAGCAGAUUAA